AUGACGCCCUACGGCAUGGGAGGGUAUAGCUCCGGCCUUGGCGGUAUGGGCGGAUACUCGUACUCGUCGCCGUUCAACCGCAUGGGCGGAUAUGGUGGAUACGGAGGGUAUGGAAGCUACGGAGGUGGAUACGGUAUGGGCGGAAUGGGCGCAGGAUACGGUGUCGGCGGCAUGGGUGUGCCCGGAGAGUCGCUGCAGCAGAGCACUGCACCCGCGUUCGCGAUCAUCGAGAGCAUCGUGACCGCGUUCACGUCGCUGGCCCAGCUUGUUGAGAGCACGUACAUGGCGACGCACUCGUCGUUCUUCGCGAUGGUCGGUGUCGCCGACCAGCUCGGCAGCCUGAAGACGUAUCUGGGCCAGGUGUUGGGAGUGUUCUCUAUCCUUCGCCUCGGACGGCGAAUCAUCAACUGGCUGCGCGGCAAGAAGCAGCCCCCGCCCUCGGGCUGGGCGAACGAGUGGAGCCACGGCCUCCCCGGCGGCCCCAACACCCCGAAGCCGAGCGCCAAGCCGCUGCUCCUCUUCCUCAUGUCCGCCAUCGGACUGCCGUACCUCAUGAGCCGGCUCGUCAAGCUCCUCAUCGCGAACCAGCAGCAGCAGCAGCAGGGCCAGGUCAUGGACGCGAACGGCGUCAUCGAUCCGAGCAAGCUCACUUUUGCGCGUGCGCGGUGGGACUUCCGCCCCAACGAGGAGUGGGAGCUCGGUCUGGCGCCGGACGAGAUUGUCGCCGUCCUCGAGCGCCGCGAGGGGCAGGGAGGCGAGGCCGGCUGGUGGCGCGGACGAACGCGCGACGGCCGCAUGGGAUGGUUCCCCGGAAACUACGUCGAGGUCAUUCAGAAGCGCGAGCAGGGCGGCCCGCCCGCCCCGCCUGGCAAGCCAGUGCCGGCGUGA